CAGUUUGUAACUCUGGAAAAAGAGUGCAGAGCUUGAGAGACACAUUUACGCAGGAGGACGUGGACGAACCCCGGCGCAAACGCAGAGUGCUGAGCGGUCUUGGGCAGUGUGCGUGGAGGCUGUUCGAGACACUGCAGCGUCCGGACACAGAAGUGACUCGGAACACGGGGGGGAAACAAUGGUGCAGCACACGGACAACAGCGAGACGGACGGGAGCAUGUCCAGGGAGGCUACCGACUCCGAGGAGAGUGAAUUUAUGGCAUGCAGCCCCGUGGCGAUAAACCCGGACUGGUGCAAGACCGCCACCGGUCACAUCAAGAGACCCAUGAAUGCAUUUAUGGUGUGGUCCAAAAUCGAGCGGAGGAAGAUCAUGGAGCAGUCGCCGGACAUGCACAACGCGGAGAUUUCCAAGCGCCUGGGGAAGCGGUGGAAGAUGCUGAAGGACAGCGAGAAGAUCCCGUUCAUCAGAGAAGCCGAGCGGCUGCGGCUAAAACACAUGGCCGACUACCCCGACUACAAGUACAGACCCAAGAAAAAACCAAAGCUCGACUCCUCGACGAAAUCCGCCGCGCCGUCUCCGGAGAAGUGCGGCAAAAUCGCAAAGAACCCCAGCAAGAAGUGCUCAAAGAUAAAGAGCAAGAGCGGCUCCAAGUCCUCGCACGGCGGCUACAGCAGCGAGGACUGCGUGUUCCCCAGCUUAAAAGUUGCAAAGACUGUGAAAAGUGAGCUCACCGACGAGGAGGACGACGACGACUACGAAGAGGACUACCGGAUGGGGAUUAAGACCGGGGACGAGGAGCGACUGAGGCCGUACAAUGUAGCCAAAGUUCCCGCGAGUCCAACUUUGAGCUCCUCGGCGGAGUCCGAGGGGACGAGCAUGUACGAAGAGGUGCGGAACACCAAUAACAGACUCUUUUACAAUAUCAAAAACAUUACCAAGCAGAGCGCAUUGCACGCUGCUUCUGUCUCACCAGCAUCCUCCAGGUCGGUCUCCACAUCCUCCUCCUCCUCUUCUUCCUCCAGCAGCAGCAGCAGCUCCUCUUCCGGAGAGGACGCGGACGAUUUGCUGUUUGACUUUAGUUUGAAUUUCGCCCCCAGCGUCCCAGGCUCCGAGCUGGGCAACCCCAAUUCAGGAAACCUCUCCCUGUCUCUUGUGGAUAAGGACCUGGACUCUUUCAGUGAGGGCAGCCUGGGCUCUCACUUUGAAUUCCCAGACUAUUGCACGCCAGAACUCAGUGAGAUGAUUGCCGGGGACUGGCUGGAGGCGAACUUUUCCGACCUGGUCUUCACAUACUGAAUUAAGAGAGAGAGGAAAGAGAGAGAGAGAGAGAGGGGGGAAAAGUUCCUCUUGUAAUAACAGAGAGAAGGGAGCAAUGAAAUUAUACAUGUGUCCUGGUCAAGUUGUCCUGAGUCCUGCCUCCUGUGGGUUUUUUUUUCUGAAGUGUCCUGGAGGAAGGUGGACGACCAGGAGGCGAGGUGAGGUUUGAGGAAUGAGAUGCUUAUGAAGCUGGUAGCAAAAAACAACAACAACAACAACAACAACAGCAGCAGCAAAACAGCAAAAGUCUGCAGACUUUUUUUCUGGCAGCAGCAUGACAGGGUUUUAUGGAUUUUUCCCCUCGCCGGUCUGAAUUCACUGCUCAGCUGAAACAGACCACAAAAGGGAAAAACAUGUGAACUUCUAUGCAUCUUAUCCUCUUCAAACAAACAAACAAACAAACAAAAAAUAAAAUCAAAACUGCAGGGAGCUGAAAACGGACUGUGUGGACUGACUCGAAGCAAAUCUGUGAACUGACAAAAAAAAAAUUGUUCAGGACGUUCCUUUACAACGGUUUAUGUAAUUUCUAAAUGCCGCAAAUGUUUGUUUCUUUUUUGUAACUGUUUAUCCGUUUACCUCCUGGUUUUGGUAAAGUACGCAGCCUAAACCUCUGCAGACUACAGGUGUGGAGGGGAAACAUUUUGAUACAUAACAGACCUCAUCUUUUUAAAAGAAAAGUAAGAUAUUUUCAGGCAUAUUUUUGUACAGUUAAACAAAGGGAAUGUUCUUACUGUGCUUUUCAGUGAGUUUCAGGCACUUCGUCCCUUUAUCAUUUGUUUCUAGCAUGCAAGGGAGUCCUGGUUUUAAGGAUUAAGUUAAAUUAAGACUUGCAUCAAAAAUGCCUUGUGAUUUUAAACUAGGUUUUUGUACAGUUGUAGAGCAGAUUUGUUGAGUAUUUGUAGACGAUACAAUGGCAUCAUGGGGAACACAUACCUCAGAGCUGGAACUAGUUUCAAGAUUGUAUAUGUACUGUAAUAUAGUAAAGUUAGGAGUUUAUGUAUAUCAUACUCGUGAUAUGUGGAUGGGUCCCGAUCGCAGGUGUGAAACUGGAUUUUGGUAUUUUUUAUGGCACAUACUGUUUUUUCCCCCCUCUCAUUUUUUGUGCAAUAUAUACUCUUAAGAUACAGACCAUCAUACAAUUGUAGCAAGUGAUGGAGAAACAGACUUGUGCACUGUCAACAUCAUUUCAUGUUAUGAUGCUGAAAAGCCUGUCUAGGCAGAAAAAUGGAAAAGAGAAAAUAAACAAAUCAGCUGGAACUGAUACAAAACAGUAAAUAUGGCCUCAUGGUGUGAUGCAUACUUUAUACACUGACAAAUAUAAAACAAAUUUGAAUGUUGUUCGACACAUUGGAUUGGGUUGUGGGCACAAUUGAUACCAAAACAGUUCGGAAUCUGACUGGAAAUUUUUGGGGGAGAACGAGUUCUGCAAAAAAAAAAAGAAGGAAGAAAAAAAAAAGGGGGGGGGAGGGCAUCGUCUGAUUGAGUGGUGGUCUGGCAUUAGGUUCACAGGCAAGCAAAAAAAGAACAUUCCAUAGCCCUGUUUCAUGAAAUGAAACUUUAUUUUAAAAACUGAAGACUGCCUUCUUUUCUUAAAAAAAAAACAUUAACCAUAAACCUGUAUUUUUUAUUUCUUGCACUUAAAAAAAAGCAGAUAUUGUUUAUUUUUAUGUGGGUCUUACAUAUGAAGUCUGUUUGAUAACAAAAAAAAAAAAAGGAAAAAAGGUUUUGGGAUAUGACCUAAUUAUAUGCCAAGACGUUUUGUUUGGGGAGUUCUAGGCAGUAGUUACUUCACAUUCCAAGUGUGAACCCUGUCUCUGACUCAUCUUUUAAUAAAUAAGUACCUACCACCA